CGCUUUCCAUUCUAAAACCACACACUUUGCAAUGGCAACUACUUCUAAGGUAAUUCUGAGUAACGUUCUCUUUGUGUUGUUGUGUUUAGGGAUUUGCUCUGCUGCUAGAACACUCCUCACAAUAGAGGACCAUGUGAACUUGCAUGGCGCUGUUGGAACUGUUGCCGGUGGUUAUGGAGGUGGUGGAGGAAGCGGCGGUGGUGGUGGGGUAGAACAUGGUGGAGGUGGAUAUGGAGAAGGAGCUGGAGGAGGAGAAGGUGCUGGUGCUGGAUAUGUUGCUGUGGGGGGUGGACACGGUGGCGGUGGAGGAAGCGGUGGUGGCGGCGGUGCUGGUGGUGCUGAUGGUGGUGGAUAUGGAGGAGGGGCUGGUAAAGGGGGUGGUGAAGGAUAUGGUGGAGGUGGUGCAAAUGGUGGUGGAGGUGGAAGUGGAGGAGGAGGAGGUGGUGGUGCAGGGGGUGCUGGUGGUGGUUAUGGAGGUGGGGAAGGAAGUGGGGCUGGUGGUGGAUACGGUGGAGGGAAUGGUGGAGGAGGUGGAGGUGGAAGUGGUGGUGGUGGAGGAGGAGGUGGUGCUGGUGGAGCACAUGGUGGUGGAUAUGGAGGUGGUGAAGGAGCUGGUGGUGGAUACGGUGGAGGAAAUGGUGGAGGAGGUGGCGGUGGAAGUGGAGGUGGAGGUGGUGGAGGUGCUGGUGGGGCACAUGGAGGUGGAUAUGGUGGUGGUGAAGGUGCUGGACAAGGAGCUGGUGGAGGAUAUGGUGGUGGAGCAGUUGGUGGUGGUAGCGGCGGCGGCGGCGGCGGCGGCUCUGGUGGUGGAGGUGCACGUGGGGGUGGAUAUGGAGCUGGUGGUGGGAGUGGUGAAGGUGGUGGCCACGGUGGUGGAUACUACCCUUGAGAUUAAUUGAUAAAUUACCCAAGAAAAUACCCUAGCUAGCUCCUUGUGGCUAUAGUAACAAUAAUAACAAAUGUAUGGGUACGAGUACGUGGAUGGUUAAAACUAUUUAUGCAUUGUAUUUUACUUUUUUAUUUUUAUGUCUUACAUAUAUGUCGAAUGGAUUGAAGACUUACAUCGAUGUAAACGUAUUAAUAUAGUAAUACAUAUUUUGCAAUAUUUUUAGA